GUCUGGUGCUCAUUUUAAAGAGUUUAUUUUUGUACCAAACUCUGCUAGGGCCAGCAGGUACCAUUCAUACACUUCCAUGCGCCGCGAAAGUCAACAAAAACUUGUGAAGUUGAGUUUUGCUCUCCAGUUUCAUGAGUUUAAUAUGUUUUAUGUCCCAACUUUGCCAGGAAUUAAGAGUCUUCUUACAAGAGCUCUGCUCAUUGUACAGAUUGAUCUACACAUGUAGCUGAUAAGGUCUUGCCUCCAGCUGGUCGUGCCUCUUCAAGUCUUUCAGAAUGAUGGCUUCAACAUCUUCAAAUUCAGCACCAGGGAUGUCUGGGUCUAACUUGGGUACCCUUCAAGCUGCUCUAGACAUCAUGAAAGACACACAAUUCUCAUCAUGUACGCAGCAGCAGCAGACAGUAGCUCUGAAGACAAUCCGUAAAACCAUCUGUGACCUCGUCGACAAGAAUACUGACCUACAGAGAAUUUCUCUGGAGUUGUCAAAGGAAACGAGCGGCACCCCAGUCACGGUGUCAGUCCUCAACUUUGUGAACCACUGCAUCCAAAAGUUUCCACGUCUGUUUGUGGGAAACAGCGCCGCAGCGUUCAACGCUAACGAAACCAUGGGCCCAGUGAGACCUCAGCUACAGGCCCCUCAAGAUCCGGAGUACUACAUAUGCAAAGGACUGAACAUGUGGCUUCUGUCCCGUCUGAUGAGAAUCCUGAACGAUUAUUUCUGCCUAACCCUCCAUGAUCAAGUCAUCCAGAUCAUUGUUGCUCUACUGCAGGCCGUCAAGUACAAAGACCCGCCGUCCUUCACGGAACUCUUGAACGAACUCUGUGAGCUUGCAGCAGAUGUAUCAACUGCCGUCAAACACAACUUUUCUGCAGGGGAGAGAGAUGAACUUGACAUCCCCCUGGAAAUCCAACGCUUCAUUGUCGACGGGAACCAGCUAAGCAGCUUACAGGAUAUUGAAGACAUGUCUGGCAUCUACACCAGCCCAAAAUCCAUCACUUUGAAGUACUUCACAAAUUGCAAUCUGCUGCAGUUGGCUCUCACUAAGAUAUUGGGUGAAAUGGCAUUUGAUCUCUCCAUCACACCAUGUCAUCAAGAACGUGGCAUUUGGAAUACGUUGUUACUACAGUUCAAUGCUGGACAGUAUGAAGUUAAGCAGGCUACCAUGGACGUUGUGGCUAAGCUCUUCACCUUGGGAUGCGUUCCCCUUCAAGACGUUCUGGAUAAGCUCCUGGAGUACAUCAUGUGUCUGCUCUCCCUUCGCUUCUCUGCGGACGGAUUAGAGGGAUAUGAGGACAUACAAGGCCUGGAGUUGAGCAUGGCUAGAUGCCUGAUGGAGAUCUACCCGCUGAGCCUGGAGCGUCGGACUUACUGCCUCCCAUCGUCUGUCAUCAAUGUCACCAUGGAAACCAUGGCUCGCUAUCUGUCUCUUGGUGGACUCUCCUCACUCCAGAGAGUGGAACUAAGAGAAGCUGUUUGUCAGAUUCUUGUGUUCGUCUACAGUCAGCCACCCCCUCGUUGUCUGUCUAUGGAAAUGAUCAGACAACGACAGACGAAAGUCAUCAAUAGCGCCCUCAUUGGCAACUUAGGAAAGAGUUCAGAACUUCAGUUUAUCGUAGCACCGCUUCUAAAAACCAUCCAGAAGGAAUUUUCAGCCGUCCAUGACCCAACCACCCUGGCAUCCUCCUCGUCAGUCAGUUGCGUCACCAGGAAAGACGCCAUCCUCUCCCUAGCAACAGCUGCCAUGGAAACCACUGGUUCUUGCAUGAGCAGCGGGGAUGAGAGGCCGGCUAAGACGAGGCGUCUGACACUGCACAGGACGCCAGGGAAGAAGUUACUGAAGGCUGGGGAAGCAACGAGUAGUAGUUCAGCUGAAGAGGAGACGUCGACCAACGCUGUGAACUCUGCAACCUUGAAGGAGGUGAUUGAGAAGUUGAUCAGCCUCUUCCAAUGUGUAGCCUCAGCUCAAGCAGAAAUGCUUCCAAACAUCUUAGAAGGAAUCCGCGUGGCCCUAGAGGUCGUCCUACGAUCCUGCUCUCUGGUAGCCCUGAAGAAGCCCCCGAGAGACCCUCCCUCGAACCCCUCGGACCGAACCCCCAGGUCAUCUAAGCUUCGCAGCCGAGUCGCCCGCAGCAAUCCGGAUAUCCUCUCUGCCUGGCUGACGGCCGAACAUUCGAGGGAGCUCUGCGCCUCCCUGGUGGUCGCUCUGCAGAUCUUGGCCAACUGCAAAGAGCCGGUGGUUGAUAUCGGCCUCAGGAAAAUCAUCCAGAUCAUCGGUUCCCUGCUGGCUGCACAAGAUCUGACAAAACUGCCUGGUUCCCAGCUGUACACCUUUGUUUGGAUGCUGUCGAUUCCCUGGUUACCAAUGGAUUCCAACUGGCUCGAUCUUAGAAUUGUAGGAGAGAUGUCCUCUCGUGAGGUGGCUGAUCUUAGUUCUAGCCUGGCUGAUAAGAUAGAUGACGAAGUGGAAGCCCUCUGUCUCUUCCACCUCGCAUUGCUGCCAAAAGAGAUUGCGUCCAAGUGGAGAAUUCAUAUCUUCAAGGCAGCUGUGGGGAGUAAUAAAGUACCUCAACGAGUGACUGCAGUAAAGGCCUUCCCAUUCCUUCUGAGUAAUCUAGGAGCGAACUCACAACAUCUUCUUCAUGAUCACGUACAUGGCAUGUUGAAGGACAAGUCUGUGGAUGUUCUUGAAGAGCUUGGGAGAAGCAUCGGUGCCAUCUCAUGUGUCAUCUGUAGAAGCGUCACUAUCCACAGGCCGGAUGACCCUCGCGCAACAAAGCCCUUGUCUAGUAUCCUGACUCUACGCUGUAACGUUUGUCAUAAGGACCCACUGUGUCCCGCCGGAGAAUCCACAUCCAAUGAGGUCUUGCCCCUGGCUGUAGUGACGCCUUACCUUGCCUUGCUGUCUCAUGGAAUUACCGUCAAACAGGCAUUCCUAAGAAGCUUCCAGCACAUCUUCAACCAUCUCGAUCUUUUAAGACCCAACACGGCCGUCACUAAAUUCCUGGUGUCCUGCCUGGACCUGAUCGAAGACAGGAGUUACGAUCUCAGAGUUGAGUUCAGCAAAAACAUCAAGUAUCUGAUUGGUUGUGGGCAUAGAUCCAACAACGCCAACGACCAAGCUGUGGUGGCACGGCUCAAGUCCGCCUUCUUGGCUGCAAAGGCCUCUGGGAACAACCGACUACAGGAGACGGUGGUUCAUACCAUUGCAGAAUUAGGGAUGGUUGCUGAGGGAGAGUUGCUACUCGUUGUCAUCAUCAGUCUCCUGGAGUCACUCCUAUCCAAGUCGGCACUAGUCAGAGCUGCUGCUUAUGUCAAGAUUCAAGAUGUUGCGUUAGCCAAGCAGCUGAAGAUGUCUGCCCUAUUCACUCGCUUCAAGCAGCCCAUCUGUCAGUUCCUCGUGGAAGCCUUGCACCUCUCAGAGGAGAACACAACCAGCGCAAGAUGCCUUCACGUCAUGAGCGAGGUGGCCCACGUCUUUGAGUUCAAGGAUAAAGAGACAUUCUUGUCACGAAUUCAGAAGAUUCUCCUGCCCAGAAUCUUAGCGAAGGCGACGCCCGUUGCCUCAGCGAUCCUCAAGGUUAUUGCCAAGACCCUAAGCAUGAAUUAUCGUGAGAUGUUGGUUGAAUGCUUCCGUUACAUCUUCUCUUAUCUCGUGCGGACCUGCAACAAGGCAGAGUUGGAGAAGGCACUGCUCUACCUUCGGAGUGAGACGGAUAUAGAGCUCGGCAGUCUCAUGAGGAUGGAUUACCAAAGUCUACACAACGAGCUACUGCUACACCUCAGUGAGAACUACACCCAGGUUUUUAGCGGACUAGCGAUGCUUGCCUCUAAGGAUGCUGCCUAUAGAGGGCCUAAACCCAUCACAGAGGCGGCUGACAUGGCAGACUUCUUGCAGCCAGGGCUUCUGGGUAUUUUGGCGUUCUUCGACUCGCAGCUUUUAAACUCUCACAUCGCUGUGGAAGACAAAAAACUGGCACUAGACAGCCUUGUGUGUAUCAUGAAGCUGAUGGGUACCAAGCACAUCACUGGUGUCCGCCUCAAGAUUAUGGCCACACUCAAGAUAGGCCUACGCUACAAGGACCACGGGUUUCCACUGCUGUCGUGCCGUGCAUGGCACUGCUUUGUGCAAAGCGUUGAGCCGUCGGCUCUCGGACCAAUGAUCAGCCAGGUUAUUGUGACGCUGCUACCUCUGCUACAUCAACUCCCCGAGCAGGUCGCCAAAAUCUACAACUAUCUCAUCGUUGAAAACAGAGAUUCCUACAGCGAACAUUUCCAUGAGUUAUACUUCAUGCCUGACAUUCCGGAGCUUAUCGAGGUCAACUCGGUCCUGAAGGAACACCGUGAGGAUCCGUCUAGUCAGCCGGACCUUAAGACCCAGCUCAGGCAAUCCAUGAAGGGUGUCACCCACGAGAGUCUGGACGUCAGACUCCAUGCCUUGUCGAAACUCAGAGACUUGCUCCAUAGGAAUCAGUCGGCACUCCAUGAGUAUGCUAUAGGUAACGAGACUGUGGAUCUAACGGUGACUGAACUCAUAUCUGUGUUAUUGAGUGGAUGUCGAGAUUCGGACAUCAAAGCACAGAGCCUCUUUGGGGAAUGCCUUGGAGAGCUAGGAGCUGUCGAUCCGGGCAAACUGGAGAUCAUCACCAAUAACAAGAAGGAAGACCUCUCCAAAUUCCACACUGGCGUAGAAGAUUCCAACUUUGCUUUUGACCUGAUCAGUGAGCUAGCGAGGGUGUUUCUAGCGGCUGCGGAUACCAGGUCGCAGGAUUGCUCUGCUUAUGCCAUACAGGAAUUACUACAGAUCUAUAGCUGUAGGGAAAUGCCAAAAGAGUCAUUUGGGGGUCAGUUGUGGAGACGUUUCCCAGCCCACAUCAAGGAGAUUCUUCUGCCCCUCUUAGAUGCUAAGUACGUCCCUGCUUCAUCGCCAUCAUGGACUAACAUCCCCAAACCAAUCUACCUGAGUAAGAAAGGCAAGACCUACAAGGAUUGGGUGUGUGCAUGGACAGGAUACCUAGUUACAAAGGUCCAGUCCUCUCUUGCAUCUCGCAUCUUCAAGUCUUGCAGCGUCAUCAUCAAGCAUGACAUCCAGACUGCACUGUUUCUUCUGCCCAUUAUCCUCCUUUAUGCGCUGCUGGACGGCAGAGAGGAGAAUAAUGACGAGAUUCGUCAAGAAGUUCUCGCCGUUUUGACACAUGCAGAGAAGACGGAGGACCAGAGGUCAGGUGAUGUGAGUCACAUGAGCGCUCAGACAGUCUUCUCCGUCCUGGAUUAUCUGACCCGAUGGAAACGCCAUCGUGUGGAGAUGUUGUCUGCCUCGAGAACUCAGAAGAAAUCUCAAAGUGGAAAUCUUCACCCCGGUGACGAUACAGACUUCCAGGUGCAUCGGUUCCUGGAGCAGAUACCCCAAGACGUCCUGGCCAGGGCGUCGUUCCAGUGUAAAGCCUACGCCAGGUCCCUCAUGCACUGUGAAGCCUUCAUCAAUAAGAAUAAACACAAUCUACAACAACAGCUUGGAUUCUUACAGAAGCUGUACGUUGUGUUGGAUGAACCAGACGGUGUGAGGGGAGUCUCAGCCAUCAGGCAGGAGGAACCGUCACUUCAUGAACAGAUACUGAAUCACGAGAGCAUAGGUAAUUUGCGGGAUGCGUCCGCUUGUUAUGAGCGAGCCAUUCAGCUAGAAGCAGACGAGCCCCUACAUCACGCUGGUCUGCUACGCUCAUUAAUGGGACUGGGUCAACUCAAUACCGCCCUCGUUCACGUCAACGGUGUUCUUGCAGAACGGCAUGACUGGACCGGGAAGUUAAAUGCUUACCGUGUAGAGGCCUGCUGGAAACUCGCUAAGUGGGAUACUCUAGAGACCCACUUGAAGACAGAGACCAGCAACACCAAAGACUGGAAUAUCGGCUUAGGGAAGAUACUCCUGGCUGCUAAGCAAAAGAACGAGGAACAAUUUGAGAGGCAGUUGAGGAAUGUGCGGAGUGCUCUGAUGGGUCCUCUGUCUGCCGCUAGUAUGGAGAGCGGAUCGUAUCAACGAGGCUACGAAUACAUCACAAGACUGCACAUGCUCCGUGAUCUGGAACGAGGCGUGCGCUGCCUCGGCGGGUUGAGAUCCUCGGCCAAUCCAGAUGAUCAGACGAGUCGCUCCGAGCUCUUGACCAACUGGGAAGCCAGACUAGACAUGACACAGUCCUCCUUCCGUGCCCAACAACCUAUCCUGUGCCUACAGAGGAUUAUACUCAGGCUGUCUGAAGGACCUGAAGAGGGUAAUCAGAACAAAGAUGUGGGUCUGUGCUGGCUGAAGAGCGCCAAGGUGGCCAGGAAGGCGGGUCAUCUUCAAACAGCGUACAGCUCCAUCUUGAACGCUUCUUUCUUCAACUUACCAGAACUCUGCAUUGAAAAGGCCAAGUGGCUUUGGAGUAAGGGUGAGGGGCACCAGGCGCUGAUCACCCUCCAGAAGGGCGUGGCCGAUCAUUUCUCGGUGGGGGCUCGAUCGAGGAGGGACUCGUCCCAAGAUGUGCAGGCGGAGAAACUCUCCCAUGCAAAGGCACUUCUUCUAGUUGGACGCUUCAUGGAGGAGACGGCAAAGUUUGAGAGCAAUUCGGUGAUGAAACAAUACAAGGACGUCUUGGAGGUCAAUCCUGAAUGGGAAGACGGACACUUCUAUCUAGCCAAGUACUACGAUAGACUCAUGCUGUCGCUGUCGGACAGACCGGAGAAAUCUGGGGAGUUCAUCUUCAUGGUGGUCAAGAACUUUGGCAAAUCACUGAUGUACGGCAACCAGUACAUCUACCAGUCCAUGCCGCGACUUCUCACGCUGUGGUUGGAUUACGGCGCUCUUGUCUCGGAACUAGAAAAAGGAAAGAGGUCAGAGAAGACAGCGGCUAGUAAGAUAGUUCUGGGCCGCUUGAAUGAGAUCCUUGCUGAGCUGACAGCUAAGCUUGCACCCUACCAAUUCCUCACAGCCUUCUCUCAGCUCAUCUCAAGAAUCUGCCAUGCACACCAGGAAGUCUUUGUACAGCUGCAGGAGAUAAUCGCCCACGUUCUGGUAGUCUUUCCUCAGCAAGCUGUGUGGAUGUCCAUGGCCGUGUCAAAGUCCUCAUAUACAGUAAGAACCAAACGCUGUCACGAGAUCUUCACCCGGGCCAAGUUCCUCCAAAAGAAUUUAAACAAAUUCAUUCAGGAUGCUACAAGAUUGACGGACCGACUAUUGGAGCUGUGCAAUAAGCAGGUUGAUCAUGGAUGCACAACACUCAGCAUCAAUAAUGACUUUAGAACACUCAAGAGACUGGUAGACGACAGUCAUUUCAGUGACAUCAUUGUCCCUCUUCAAUCAGCGAUGACAGUGACCCUACCUAGCAGUCAGGGUGCCCAUCGUGACCAUGACCCGUUCCCCAUGGCACAGAUCUUCAUUAGCAGCUUCGACGAUGUGGUGGAGGUUUUGCCGUCUCUUCAGCGACCUAAAAAGAUCGGCAUCCAAGGUUCUGACGGCACGGUCUAUGUCAUGAUGUGCAAACCAAAGGACGAUCUGAGACAAGACAAUCGCCUGAUGGAAUUCAACGGAAUUGUCAAUAAAUGUCUGAGGAAGGACGCCGAGUCCAGACGCAGACAGCUCCACAUCAGGACAUACGCCGUAAUCCCACUGAAUGAAGAGUGUGGUUUAAUCGAGUGGAUUCUUAACACAGCUGGCUUGAGGUACAUCCUACAUAAGAUAUACAAAGAGAAGGGAUUGUUUGUAUCUGCAAGGGACAUGAAGAACCUCAUCCCACCAAAAGGCGCUCCUGUUGAACAAAAGUUGCACAGCUUCAGGACCAAAUUGCUGCCCAAAUUUCCGCCGGUGUUCGGCGAGUGGUUUCUGAAAACAUUCCCUGAUCCUACAUCUUGGUACCUGAGUAGACUGGCGUAUGCAAGGACAUCAGCAGUUAUGUCCAUGGUUGGCUAUAUCUUGGGUCUGGGUGACAGACAUGGUGAGAACAUCUUGUACGAUUCAACCACAGGUGACUGCGUUCAUGUGGACUUCAACUGUCUCUUCAACAAGGGUCAGACUUUUGAGUGCCCUGAGCGAGUUCCGUUCCGUCUGACGCGCAACAUGGAGUGUGCCAUGGGACCCAUGGGGAAAGAAGGGAUCUUCAGACGAGCCUGUGAGGUCACCAUGAAGGUCAUGAGGGACCAAAGAGAACCCCUUAUGAGUGUAUUGAAGACGUUCAUUUACGAUCCCCUGGUCGAGUGGAGUAAGCCAGCUAAAGGAACCCGAACAACACACCUCAGCGAAUCAGGAGAGAUUAACAACGAAAAGGCCCUGGUUCACGUCCGCGACAUUGAGCAGAGACUCCAAGGCAUCUUAAAGAAUAAGAACAAGACCAGAGGGCUCCCUCUAUCUAUUGAGGGUCAUGUACACUAUCUGAUCCAGGAGGCUACAUCAGAGACUAACCUCAGCCUCAUGUACUAUGGAUGGGCAGCUUACAUGUAGAGUGUGACCUCUUGUUAUUCAUUGAGGGUCAUGUCAUUUGCUCAGAACUAUUUGGUCAUUUUCAGAUUAUUUUUUCACCAAGGACCAAGUAUCAUAUUUUUGAUGGUCAUUUUCUCAUUGUUAUUAGAGCAUCCAUCACUUGAAUAAUUUUUCUUUAUGUGUGUACAUAUUGUAUUUUUUUGUAUAAAAAAGAAUGGUGUGCAUUUGAAAGCACACACAUUUGUUGUGCAGCAAGGGUUGU